AUGGAGGAAUUUGCUUAUCAUCAACCUAAACCCAAGAAUCAGCCGCAAGGCCAGCUGGCUGCCAUGAUGCGUCCAAGGCAGGAUUGGGAGUCAGAAGUACCAGCCCAGAAUGCCUUUGCAAAGGAUGUAAAUCGUUCCAGCUCAGCACCUCCAUCCCAACUCGUCAUGAAUGAUAGAGCAAGGGAAAUGGAGGAAUCACAGUAUGAUGGAAUGGAUCCCCGAGUCGAUCCCGAAUACGCCCCAUACUAUUACAUGAACUCUAGGCCAGAUCCGAGGCUAGCAUCACCUUCAUAUGCCCAACAGAACAAUCAGCAAUGGCAAGUUUGGGCACCACCUCCUCUCGGUGGCAAAGGAGAAAACAGCAAGAGAGAAGCUGUCCUAUCACCAGCCCGAUCAGACUAUGAAACAUAUACUCAUACUGGAUAUGAGGACGAAUACUCUAUCGGCAUGAAUGGCCCAAGAGGCAAUGGUGGUGCUGGUGGUAGUGGUAAUCCAGACGACAUGUAUCACGGCAAUGAUCAAGAUGUACCAGAGCCCAUGUCUGCUCGUGAACCAACAGGAUAUAAGACACCAGCCAGAGAUGUAGGAGGUGACAGCAAUGGAAUGGUGACGACUCCUUCUUCAGCACCACCAGACUUUAGGAUGCAUCCGUUGUCUCCCAUUCGUGGUGAGAGAAUGCCUGCCGAGUACAUGUCCCCUAAUAGAGCUAAACCAGACUCUCGGAUAAUGGGUGAACGAGCCUGGAAUGGUGAACUGGCUUCUCCUCAAUCGUCAUCACGAUCUGCACCGCCACUUGUAGACGAUCCCAUGUCUCCCAAACGUCGGCUGAUUGACUUGAUACAGGACGACUUUCCACGUACACCUUCUCCUUUAUUUGCAAACCAAAGACCAUUAAAUGAUCCUAAUACGCCAUCUACACCGGUAGAUGGAGACAACAAGAAACAUGCUCUGCAAGAACAGCUCAGAGAGCAAAUGAGAGCUGGACAGCAUGAUGCUCUGGACUUGGAGCGAGAUGAUGAAGAUGCUAGAGUUGCUGCUGUGCUAUCGGGUGUAUUGGCUGAAGACAAUCGAGCUGAUGUGCCUCAGAGUCCAUCUUCUCGUGCUGCUUCAUCGCCUCCUGGCCCUCAGUCACCUUACAUAAGACAGCAAAUGCCUGAAUAUGCAAAUCAAAAUGCAUUGAUGGGUGCCAUGCGUAAUAUGUCGCUGACUGAUGACGAGUUCGACUACAGGAUGACAGGACGAAUGCCUAAGAAUCCAUAUGAUAGGAAUUAUGAUCCAAGAAGUCCUGGAUACGAUGGUUCAAACAACUACAUGAUGGAUCAAGGAAUGAGUCCAUCCGGUGGUGGUCCAUACUCAUAUCCUAGUUCGCCGCGUGGUAGAGGACACGAGAUGCAGCAAUGGGAUCAAAGAGGGACGUAUGACCAAUCCUUUAACCGACGUAACUCGAACAGUCUCGGCCUGUCGCAAACAAACCAAUACGCAUACGCCGAACAUCGUAAAUCACUCCCUGCCAACUUCACAGAUUACGCAGCAUUAGAAUACGCAGCAGCUCAAGCUGCAGCUGGUAAACGAGCUUUCGAUCCAGCUCUCAUGGCUGCCUUCUCCAUGGCCUCAGCAGGUGUCGAUCCUCGUAUGAAUCCAUACGGCGUCGAUCCUCGUCGAGCAGUCACCGUCAACAUGCCAUUAGGAGGAUCAUCUGCAUCAAUGGACAAAAAAAUGAGAAUGCUGAUGCAACAGCAAAUGAUGUUCCGUGAGCAGAUGAUGAUGAGACGGGAUUAUAAUAAUGGACCACCGUCUCCAACGUCCAUGGGUUAUGGCAGUAGUGAUCGUGGAAGUGAUCGUGGUAGAGGCAGAAUGCAUCAGUCUAGUCCCCCACCAAGUUUGGAUCCUGGUCAUGGUAUGCGAAGUCCUCUGUUGGAGGAGUUCAGAAACAACAAGAAUAAGAAGUAUGAACUUAGGGACAUUGUUGGCAGUAUAGUUGAAUUCAGUGGCGAUCAACAUGGAUCACGAUUCAUCCAACAGAAGUUGGAGACUGCAUCAAGUGAAGACAAACAGAUGGUCUUCGAAGAAAUAUUGCCCAAUGCCCUGCAGCUCAUGACGGACGUAUUUGGAAACUAUGUCAUUCAGAAGUUCUUUGAGCAUGGCAACCAAAUCCAGAAACAAGUACUUGGCAAGCAGAUGGAGACCCAUGUUCUCUCUCUGUCCCUGCAAAUGUACGGCUGCCGUGUAGUCCAAAAGGCAUUAGAGCACGUCUUGACGGAUCAACAAGCUGCUCUCGUACAUGAAUUAGAUGGACACGUCCUGAAAUGCGUCAAGGACCAGAAUGGAAACCACGUAAUCCAAAAAGCUAUAGAAAGAGUCCCAGCCGAACACAUCCAAUUCAUAAUCGAUGCCUUCCAUGGACAAGUCUACUCCCUAGCCAUUCAUCCUUAUGGAUGUAGAGUCAUCCAAAGGAUAUUCGAACACUGCACCGACGAUUUGAUGCAGCCACUAUUAGAAGAGUUGCAUACGUAUGCCUUGAAUUUGAUUCAAGACCAGUAUGGCAACUAUGUAAUCCAGCACGUCUUGGAACGUGGCAAGCCGGCUGACAAGGCUCUGAUUGUUGCCAAAGUCAGAGGGAAUGUCUUGCAGAUGAGCAAGCACAAGUUCGCUUCUAAUGUAGUGGAGAAGUGUGUUGCAUAUGGCAGCAAGAAGGAUAGGCAGAUGCUGAUUGACGAGGUGAUUCAGACAAGAUCGGAUGGCACCUCGCCUCUAAUAACCAUGAUGAAAGACCAGUUUGCGAACUAUGUAGUUCAGAAGAUGCUAGAUGUGGUAGAUGGUGACCAAAAGGACAUACUGGUCACGAAGAUCCGACCUCAUCUGCAGUCUCUGAAAAAGUAUACUUACGGAAAGCACCUCAUAGCCAAGGUGGAAAAGAUGCUGGGGUACAAUGCUGCUAAUGGACUGGCAUUAGGACCACCUAGUCCAACCGAUGAAUGA